AACUCUCGCCAUCACAAACACACGUUGUGACCAGCGCGGACGGUCAACAGCGUUCUAUCCCCAGAGUCUCUUGCUUCUUCCGGAAUACCAGGCCUCCUACAGCUUCACAACACCCAAGAGAAGCUUGCCACCAUGACGGAGGUUGCCUCUGCCGUCCGCAUCCCGUCACCGGAGCCUGAGCUGCCAGAGCUGCCCCGCAAGCGCGAUCGCUCGCCCUACGACGCCGGACCCUCUAAGCGCUCGAGGAGACACGAAUAUGAUGACGGAGACUCUGGGCGACGAGGAGACCGCGGGCGAGCCCACGAUGACGACCGCCGACGAGAUCGCGAGAACGGACACCGGCACGAUAAGGAUGGGACCGAGUCUCGCAAAAGGCCUGAGGCAGAUGUCCCGGAGGAUGACUCCCGCCUAAAGCUCUUCCAAAAUGCGUUCAGCGCGCCUCGGAAGCUCGCCAUCGACGACUCGAAGACCCGCGCCGGUGGUGCCUAUAUUCCCCCUGCGCGACUGCGAGCUAUGCAGGCUGCUAUCACGGACAAGAAGAGCCCCGAGUUUCAGCGCAUGGCGUGGGAGGCGCUGAAGAAAUCGAUACAGGGCAUGAUCAAUAAGUGCAACGUCGCGAACAUCAAGCAGAUUGUGCCGGAGCUGUUCUCAGAGAACCUAGUCCGAGGCCGCGGUCUGUUCUGUCGGGCAAUCAUGAAGGCGCAGGCAGCGAGCUUGCCGUUCACCAACAUCUAUGCGGCUAUGGUGGCGAUCGUGAAUACGAAGCUGCCCCAGGUUGGAGAUUUGCUGGUACGGAGAUUGAUCGUUCAGUUUCGGAAGGCUUUCCGAAGGAACGACAAGGCGGUCGCCGUGGCCAGCUCGAUGUUCUUGUCGCAUUUAGUGAACACGCAAGUUGUGCACGAGGUGCUGAUUGCCGAGAUCCUGCUACUUCUCCUCAACAAGCCCACAGAUGACAGCGUCGAGAUUGCGGUCGGUAUCAUGAAAGGGGUGGGACAGUUCCUGGAAGAGAUGAAUGGUGCCAUCGCCAACGCCAUCUUCGAUCAGUUCCGCAAUAUCCUCCACGAAGCCGACAUCGACAAGCGCACGCAGUACAUGAUCGAAGUCUUGUUCCAGGUCAGAAAAGACAAGUACAAGGAUAACCCAGCGGUCAAGGAAGAGCUAGAUCUUGUGGAAGAGGAGGAUCAGCAUACGCAUCGGCACACGCUUGAGGAUGAGAUUAAGGUCGAGGAUGGUCUCAAUAUCUUCAAGUUUGAUCCGGAGUAUGAGGAGAAUGAGGCGCAAUAUCAGAAGUUGAAGGCAGAGAUUCUGGGCGAGGAGGAGGGAAGUGAUGCGGAGUAUACCGAUGCCUCGUCAGAGGAUGAAGAAGAUGAGGAAGACAAGGCUAUGGACAUCAAGGAUCAAACGAACGCCGAUCUCGUCAAUCUGCGCCGAACGAUAUACCUCACAAUCAAGAGCAGUGGAGGCUUUGAAGAGUGCUGCCAUAAGCUCAUGCGCAUCAAUCUGCCUCAUGGAAUGGAGAAGGAGCUUACCACCAUGGUCGUCGAGUGCGCUAGCCAGGAACGCACGUACGAAAAGUUCUACGGCAUGAUUGGAGAGCGUUUCUGUAAGCUGAAUCGCAUGUGGACCGACCUGUUCGAGGAUGGCUUCGUCCACUACUACGAAACCAUCCACCGAUUCGAAACAAACCGUCUCCGAAUCAUCGCACAGUUGUUCGCACAUCUCCUGGCCACGGAUGCAAUUGGCUGGCACGUAUUUAUGGCCAUCAAGCUCAAUGAGGAGGACACCACUUCGAGCUCCCGCAUUUUCAUCAAGAUUCUCUUCGAAGAGCUCAUGGCAUCACUCGGAAAUAAGGUUCUGGUGGAACGGCUAAAGGAGCCAAUGCUUCAGGAUAGUCUUACUGGCAUCUUCCCGACCGAUGAUCAGGUCAAGACUCGCUUCUCCAUCAAUUUCUUUACUGCUAUCGGCAUGGGUGUUCUUACAGAAGGCAUGCGCGAGUUCUUGAAGAACAACGCGCCCAAGCCCGCAGCAUUGCCGGCACCGGAGAGCGAAUCAGAUUCAGAGAGCGUGUCCUCCCGCUCCUCUUAUUCCUAUUCUUCUCGCUCUCGGUCAAGGACACCCGUGCGUCGGGGGCGAUACUCAUCGAGCUCGCGAGGCCGCUCUUACACCCGAAGCCGGUCUCCCGCUCUAAGGAAAGGCCGUGGUCGUAGCCGUAGUCGCAGAUCUUCCAACGAUUCCGAAUCGCGGUCCCGCUCACCCGCUCCUCGCAAGAGGCACUACUCUUCCAGCCGCUCGCGAUCAUCACCUCGACGUCGCAGACGCAGUCUAUCCAGCUCAGUGUCCCGAUCCCGCUCGCCACCAGCCGGCAAGCGCCGGCGCUACUCCAUCUCUCCAUCAAGGUCCCCAUCGCCGCCGGCCCGCCGUCGCCGCGAUUCGAGUAUCCCUCCGCGCGGCCGUGAAGACUCUGCUUCCCCUCCACCAGCGCGACGUCGUCGAGAUUCCAGUGCCUCGCCACCACCGCGUCGCUGCGAUUCAAGCGCGCCCCCGCCACGUCGAGGACCAGCCGACUCACGGGACCGGCGAGAUAAGCCGCCGCGUCGGCCUAGGUAUAGUUCGUCGCCGGAGAGGUCGCCGCCGCCUGCAAGGAAGAGGAGGUAUAGCGGCUCUGUGUCGCGGUCGCCACCUCCGAGGCGGAGGAGAGAUUCUUAAGUUUAGGUAAAGCACGCUCCACGAGAAUGAAGGAUCUAGUUAGGGAGCUCAUAGAAUGCACGCUUGAGCGAUGGGUAGAUUGACGAGUUUUGGGAUUAGGGAGAUAUCAGGUAGCAUGUCAAUCGUAAAUUCAUGUGAAUAGGCUUGUAUUGCCUUCAGUGCGAGGAAAUCAUGCUGCAACCGAGUCGGAGCAUCUUUGUGAGUUUGUGCAUGACUCACUGAUAUAGCACAGGCGCG